CCCGCGGGUGGCCUCUGUCGUCGCGAGAAGCAGCCGCUGGGGCGUCUGCGCGGACAAACGGAAGUGUAGGUGACCGUCUGAGAGAGCACCGCCAAGCUGGGAACCGGGGAGAUGGCAGAGACAGAACCCAAGACCGUGCAGGAUCUCACCUCGGUGGUGCAGACACUCCUGCAACAGAUGCAAGAUAAAUUUCAGACCAUGUCCGACCAGAUCAUUGGAAGAAUUGAUGACAUGAGCAGUCGCAUUGAUGACCUGGAGAAAAACAUCGCAGACCUUAUGACACAGGCCGGGGUGGAAGAGCUGGACGGGGAAAACAAGAUCCCUGCCACACAGAAGAGUUGAAGGUUGCUCAUCUGCACUGGAAUCUGGAACACCCUUUUUACAAGCCAAGAGAAGACAGAUGGCUUUUUGCAACUAACUGCUAUGUGUAGACAGGUUUUAUAUUAUAAAGUGUGCGUUCUUCUUACCAUAUACUAUAGAGUUAGUUUAUAGAGUGAUUUCCCUCCCCUGCCUCCCAUGUUUCCUGAACAUGGUAAAUUCACGUCUUGGACCUUGGUCAGUUGUGCUAUUAAACACUAAAACUUUGGCAGUUCCUGCAUACAAUUGUCAAAUUUUUUAGUGUAUUUUUGUGAAGUCAUUUUUUUUCUAUCAUUCCCUUUGUAGUAGUUGCUGUUUGAUAAAAGUUGCUGUGUAAUUUUUUUAUUAGACAUAGGGUAGAUCCUUGGUUAUAAUAAGAUUUUGUGAAGUAAGGCAUUUAUAGUUAAGGUUUUUUGAUUCUCAGAGUGACUGAUGAGUGAACACUAAAUAGUGUGUUGGCGAUACUUUCCAAGUGGUUAAAAACAUUUAAAAUUGUGUAUUCAGAAAUAUCUGGCACUACUCUGUCGCCAAAACUCGGAAUGGAACCAUGAUUUUAUGCCUGAGUCCCUGAGGUCAGGUGCUACAGUAACGAAGAGUGGCCACGGCCACUUUAGUGUUAGAAUUUUUAAAUAUGGACAAUGACAGAGUUGCCUGAUGUGAUGAGGCUUUCAGCAGUUAGAGUUUUGCAUGAGGUUUGAACCUUCAGUAGGACCCUACCUUGUCCAUCUACAGCAGUUACCAUAGGAAGUCUGGCAGGACUUUACAACUAAGCUACUCCAUCUUUUGAGCUACUGGCUGGGAAAAGAAACAGAAAAGGAAAACAGACCAUGUUAAGUCCAUGCCUACUAAAUAACUAGUUGUAGGCUUGAGUUUUUAAGAAAUAGUUUCUUUAAACUGGUUCUUACCUAAAUUCAAGCAGAGUAGUGGCUUUAUUACUGAUAAUGGGAGACAGGGAAAAUAACUCCUGCGGCUCAGCCUGCAGUGUCAGGAGUGCUGAGCCCCGAGGCAGUGUUGAUGGGAAGGAGACCCAUGCGACGGUCACAGCAGGAUGAUUUUGUAUAGAGAACAUGGAAGAAGUUGGGGAAUGGAACAGUGCUUUGGAGAGGGAAACCCGUAGUCAACACAGUAUGAUUUUUUUAAAGUUUCCUAUGUCACUAGUCUUAAUUGUUUGAAUUGCAAAUAUAUAAUAAUAUUAAGGAAUAAUUUGUCCUAUUUAUAAAUUAUAUGGGGAACACAGAGGAGUCGAUUUCUUCUGGGAUAAAAUGAAUUCCCCACUGUUGUCACCGAGCCGCAGAAACUCCCUCACUGGGCCGGUAGGUCGCGAGGUGUGGCCCUGAAAGCCCAGAGCCAGCUGGACUCAGGGACCGGAUGGGACCGUGUGCAAGAUGCUUCCAGGCCUGGGAAAUGGCAAGUGGACAGUCGGGAUGUAAGCAGUUGGCCUCCUUAAGUAACAGGAAUGUUUCCCCUGACCAAAAAUACCUGCCAUGAAUAAAGGUGCCUGAAAUCCUGCUGUUGACGCUU